AUGGGCUCGAAUUAUAGCACGCUUCGCUCCGGUUCCCCAAGCAUACUUGGGAAACGGUCUACUCUCGAUGAUGCUCUUGACGCACCGCCAGCGAAAAGGCUCAUGUCAGAACGCUGUGGAUUUGUCGAAGAUGCCCAGGUUUUGUCCAAGCGUCGCCAUGAGGAGGACGAUUCGCAGCGUCACAAGAAACUUAAAGAAGACGAUUCCAAUUCACAGACUGAUAAGAGGAUUGUUGUGCAUGCGACACAUCGUCCAGUCAAUUCAAAGCACGUAUUUCCCUUUUUGAUGCUCCCGGUCGAGCUAGGCAAUAUCAUUCUCCAUAUUUUGGCGAACGAUCGUGACACGUUAUACACACUUUCACUUGUGUCUGGGCUUCUCCGAGUCUACGUACUGCCGCUCUAUCUAAAGGCCGCAGGCUUCAUUGAUUCCUCGAACAAUGUCGGUCCAGUCAUAACUUAUGAGCACACACGGCCCAUCAUCGUGUGGCGUGGCAUGCAAGGCCUUCCUACUCCCCCAUCUAUGUGGAUCCGUAUCAUCGCGAAUGCAGCAAUGGCCAAACACCAGCUUUACGGGUUGGUGGGAUUCUUCAUCUCGAGUCGUACCCAGCUCGCUAUAUCCAACAUUGUCAUCGAGCUCCACAACGCGCGGCUCUCUCUAGCCACAUGCAAGUUCCUACAGACUGUGGCCUCGUCAGGGGUGUCGCACCUAUGUCUGAAGUCGCGCUUGUCUAGCGAUCUUCGAGCUAUCGAGUCUCCUGAAGACAUCCCUGUCGUCAACUCCGGUCUAUUUUAUCCUCGUCUGCAGAAGAUGCAGGUCAAAUCUGCCGUAUUCUUCUCCGCGGAGUACAUUAGUUGGACGGUUCACACCCUCAACAGCGCAGCGCUCACUGCGCUCGAUCUCCAGCUCAACAACAGAGGUUCACCAUCGUGGCGUCUUAUUUUACCUCACCUCCACAUGGAGCAUCUGGAAACCCUCUACAUCGAUGGUGUGCUACCUAUCAACACAAUUUUCCGUUUCCUCCUUCAUCAUCCCAGCAUACGUGAGCUCCGGAUUGGUCGCUUUACUCGCCCUGGUUUCCUCCCCUACGCUGCCCGUCCACCUAAUAUGGACCACCUCGAAGUCCUCGCGGGUUCUCACGACUACAUAAUCCCCUUACUUGCGUGGGGUCUUCCUGCACUGCAGCGUCUUGCAGUCAUACCGGAUCAUUCUUCCGCGAUUGGCCUAUUUCUCGAUUCCGAGCUCCGAGGGGUGAUAAACAGUGCUCGACGCUGUACGCGUCUCCAAGAGCUCGACAUCGCCCUUCCCUGUGGUUACAUCGCACAGCCAGAAUCCGACUCGUUCUUCAUUGUAGACGACCCACAACACCUUCGCACGGAACGCGGUCUUUCGAACGUGCGCACGAUCACCAUCCACGCUACAUGGGAUGCAGACGAAUUUACCUUAUCUUCAACUCAUCUGAGUGUUCUUAACAGCUUACCGGGGUGGCUAGAUCUCUUUCCUUCGGUACGACACUUGCAUAUAGUCGAGGGGCGCAGCGUCAAGUUAGACGCCAAUCGACGUGCACAAGUCACUCAAUUGUAUCGUGCUUGUCCUUACCUAGAAGAUAUAUCGAUGUAUGCGGGGGAUAGGCACCUGGCGGAGUGUUGGAAGCGCGAGAUCUGA